CUUGUAAGAGUCAAGAAUCAUCACCUCUCUGGUAGGGAAAUAGCUGAACACAAUGCAGUGUUCAUGAGAGCUCUGAGUAAAUAUCCUUUGAUGCUGACAAAGACAUCUCUUUUCUUUAAACCAGACUAGAAAAGAAAAAUCGGCUGAAUGGUGGAAAAAACAUUAUCAUAACACCUAUCAUUGAGUGAAAAUGCAUUUGUGAGCAAAUCUGAUCCUGCCUGGCAACUGUUUCUAGGCAAAAGGUGGCAGAGAGCCAACUGCUGCAAAUGUCUCACAGUAGGCUUUCAUCUUCAGUUGAACAACCCAUACAGGAUUGAUAUCUUCUUUGGAUUAUUUGGGUCCCAUUUUAUAAGUUUUUAGAGGAUGAAGAGCUUCUGGUGUAUGAUUGUAGAUGCCUGAUCAUGUCUUCCUAGGUGUCUGGUCCUUAUUGUGGCAAGAAGCAGAGAACAUACUUUUCUGUGCAGUCUCUCCCUACUCCAGCCCAUCCUCUAGCGAUUCAACUGUCAAACUGAUCUUCUAAAAGGCAGAUAAACUAUAAAUGAGAAGAGUGGAGAAAGGAGUUAUCGAUUCCUGCUCCUAGAAGGAAAAACGCUGGUUAAGCAAUCACAUUAGCUGUCAGAGAUAUUGCAAAGAUGCUGCUAAAGUAGCUGUGGACAUCUUCCUCCUUCCUUUUCUGAUUCCUGAGGCUAUGGGCUGCAUAAAGUCAAAGCAAACUUUCCCUUUUCCAAACACGAUCUCAACCGUGAAGAGACCGGACAGUGAGGAGAGAUUUCCAACCGAAAAGUCUUCAAUGGUUUCUGUCAGAUCAGAGGUUGUGAAGGAUUCUUCCACCAGGUUGGUGGUGUUGGAGUACGCCCAUCGUCUGUCCCAGGAAAUCAUGGAUGAAGCAGUGAAGCAGUGGGCGGCCAAUGACAGCAGGUAUGGGGACAUCCCAUACAUUGAGAGUGAGACAGUGCCCUGAGUCUCCCUGACUCACUGGAGAAUGAUGACUGUGAAACUAGGUUUAAACAGUGUGCGCUGGUGCUAGUUCACAAACAGAAGAAAGCAAAAAUUGGGGUGAUUAAGUACAUAGAACUCCAGCUCCAUGUAAAAUGUUUUUUAAUGUUGGUAUCACCAUUGCUUUGAUGGGAGAGUAGGGUACUUUAAAAAUGGAACAUCUAUUAUGAUCAGCACUAGGUCAAGAAUGUUUUGUUUUCUGCCUUGUUUACCUUGGAUUGUAGUUGGGUGGAGUUUAAAUGGCCAAAUGGCUUCCCGCAGCCCUGACACAUUUAACUGGCUGCGCUCCUACAAUCCUGAGACAAUCUUGUCACUCCCUGCGGAUCACCAAAGAAUGAAAAACACCAGUGUUCAUGGCAGUUUUUUUUUUUUUUAAGAAUGCUUUUAGCUCCACUAUCUCAUAAUGCUUAACUAUUCUCCAAGCAAAAAUCAUCAAUAUGAAAGGGAAUGUUUCCAUAACACCACAUUUUGGGUUCCUUUAUCCAUUCAUGAGUAGCCUUUGCUUGCUCCAGAAAUAGACAGUUAAAAAGAAUCUAUGUGCUUUUUAUCAUGAAAAAGUUCAUUUUUGAAGAGGCCCUUAAGGAUUUCCCUUAACAAAACUUCUCAAAUGCAUUAAAGAAAAGCACUUAUCAAUUAAUUUUUGAGUGUUCCUUAGGAUCCACACACAAACCACAUACAUGAUCAAAUUCCUUGAACACUCUAUGCAUAAAUCACUUAUUUCAAACUCUAAAAUGAUGGAAAACACCAGAUCUUAAGGUGACAGGAAAUGCUAAAACUAAAUGAGCAAGUGGGUUAUAGCAUCCUCAGGUGGAGAACAUCAGACUUGAUGCUGAAUUUGCGUUGAGUUUUCAUAAAUUGAUUUCAGAGGGCUGGAGCAGGCAAGACUUCUUCUCUCUAGAACCUUGCCUAAUUGCUGUUCUAAAAGCUUCUAUGGAGUCUAAAAAUCAAGGAAGUUCCCAAAAGGAUUGUGGUUGGCUAGUGUAAUAAAUGAGAAUGGUAAGCAUCAAGAGCUUAAAUCUUUAAAAAACAAAUUUAAAAAUCCAUUAAGUUCUGUUUCCUCCUUACUAACCUUACUUACCAAGCUAGCCUGGCCAUGUGCCAAGUGGGUCUAAUACUUGUUUUAGUGAAGGUAUGAAUUUAUUUUAUGGGGUAUAUUGGGUUAUACCUAUCAGCAUAAAUGAACAUGUUUCCCUAUUUAUACAAAAGAAUAGAUUGUGAGGGACUUAUAGACAUAAGCUAUAGUACUAUUCGCCUAAGCUGAUGUGAUUUGUUUGGGUGCCUUGCAACUGUUUCCUUCUGUCACUUUCACAGACCUGUUUUGGAAAACUAAAAUGCUGAUGAGUGAGCAUCUUAUGGCAAAACACUCGAAGACUUUUCCAAGGAAGCAGCUACCAAAAUCUUAACAAGAAAACUUCCAAAUGAAUCAUUUAUUUGUAUGGUCAUGAGCCAACUCCAGUGUUCCAAGUGUACUAGCUUUUUAGCAAGUUUAUUCCCUGUCCGGUUUAAUGGGUAUGGGGGAGGGCAUGGAUGGUUUCUUUAUUAAGCACACAUUUUCCAGAUCAUUUGUUUAAAGCACUGUAAUAAAAGUCGGGUAUUAAUUGUAGGACUAACCAUAGAGGAAUAGAUAAGGGCCAUGCUUUGCUACAAUCUAGCACCAAAAUAUGAGCCACUUCCAUUUCCCUCAAUCAAAUUUAAAGAGAAGGAAAAGACAAGGAUAUAGCAUGUAAAUCAAGAUUAUGUGUAUCCUACGUGGCAGAGCAGGCAGGAAAAAAAAAAGAUACCUCUACUCACUUAAAAAUAUUACCUUGAAACACAAGAGAAUCCUACAAAGUGGAUUUCUUUAAAAAUGAGUGCUUAGUCACCUUUAUUAUUGAUGUUAUCUUGCACAUUAAGUCCAGUUGCAUUUUGGACCCCAUGAUCAAUAAAAAAUAUGCCACCUAGGCCCUUUUUUUAGGAGUGUAUGAUUCUUAACAUUCCAUUUUCCCUACUAUUACAGCUGCAAUCAAGGGAAAUGUAGAUGAUUCCUGUUCACAGAAGGGAUUGAGGUUUGUAGAUCUGAUGCUAAAAAGAAUGUGUGUCAGCUCCAACUGAUAACAAUAUUUGCAAGAGUGGUAAAUUCCUGGUGAAAAAAUUUUUACACGUGCUUAAAGUUAGAACCAAAGCCUCAGAGUAGCUGCUUUUAAUUAACAUGUUACAUCUAAACUACAAAACACAUUUAGUUUUUGUAUAUCACCAUUUCAUUUUUCCAUAGUGCCCUUGAAAGUUUAAGAAUGUCAAGGAAUUGAUAAAAUUUGGAGAAAUGAGCAAAAAUUUUUAAAAAUACAAAUAUACACACGUGUGUGUAUAUAUAUAUAGAUAUAUAAAUAUAUAUCUAUAUAUAUGUAUGCGCUACAUAUGCAUACGUACGUGUGUGUGUGUGUGUGUGUGUGUGUACAUAGAGACAGAGAGACACAGGGACAGAGAUAGAGUUAGCUAGGGUUGUGGCAACUAGACAAGGUUAUUUAAUGGCUUUUCUCACCUCAUUUCCACAGUAUAACCUCUUCCUACAGUAUAUCUAUCUAUCUGUACUUUGGGUCCAUCUAUGUGAUCUCAUAGUUCUAAAACUGUUAUAUUUGUUUCAGUUCCCUGGUUUUUGGUGGGUGAAGAAAAAAAAAUUAGCAUCUGGGAUGAUAAAUAAAUGAGCAUCUAUCAGGAAGGCCUUUCCAAGACAAAAGUUAUUUAAAAAUCCAAUCUCUAUCCUUAUGCCUGAACCAUAUGUACUUCAGCACAACGUGAGAGCUCUUUCCAGGUGUUUUGCACAAUACAACACUGCAGGCAUGAACUGAUCCAGGAAAGUUCUUCAUAAGUAAUUCCACAGGCUGCAAGAUCUUAGAGUUUAUUCUAGAUUCCCUUUCAUUUUUAUAAAUGAAGAAAUUAAAACCUGAGGAGAUGAAAUAAUUUUACCAAGAACACACAGAUGGAAAGGAAGAGAGCCAGGAUUCAUAUCUAGGUGUUUUGACUAAAUUCAACUCUCUGUAUUUGACCAUGUUGCCUCUGCAAUAUUAUCUGAAUAUUACAUUUCAUGGGAGAGGGGUUAAGAGAAACUUUUUUUUUUUGACAAUGUAGCUUUGGGAAACCUAAGAGCCAAAGGAGUCUGAGGUGCCUAAAUAAAGUUGUAUUGUCUGUUGCUGAGUUAUUGCUUAUAUAAAUAUGUGCAACACAUAUAUGAACUCACACAUACAUCCUAUUGGUCAGCUACUAUUGGUCAGCAUGUGUGUGCAUAAUAUACACACAGAACUAAAUAACAGACAGUGCAACCUCAUUUUGGCACCUCAGAUCCUCUGGCUCUUAGGAUUAUCAAGGAUACUCUUUCAUAGAAGUUUCUCUAGGCCAUAUCCCAUGGUAUAUAACAUGGAUCAUAUGAAUUAGUUAUAAGAUGGAUCAAUUAUCUCUGCAGAAGUCUUUUCACUCUGUUUGUUUUCUUUCAUACUUUCAUGUUGGACUCCUGUCCUUCAUUGAUUCUCUCAGGCAAGAGUCUUCAUCUCUCUAGAUUGUUCCUUCAUCUGUGAAACAAAUACUUCAGACUAGAUUGUCUUCUUUCUAAUGCUCCUUCCUCUCCUAGAUCCUAUGAGAUCAGCCAGAAACAUGAAAUAAAUCAACAGCAAAGCAUCCAAGAAGUCAGGAUCAGAUGUCUUUUGAGAAGGAAACAGAUAUACAGAAGAAGGAGGCCAUAUGAGUUACUGGCUAUUUAAAAAGGCUAUUUAAUUCAGCCUUGGGAUAAAAUUGGAAGGGAUGGGAUGGGACAGGAGUGGGGAGGAGGUUAUGGAAAAGGAGGAAGAAGAUGGCCACAGGUGUUGUUGAAGAUAAGGCAGCUUUCUAUACUAUAAAUGAAGGCAAUACAUUUAGAGUGUAGAAUAGCAUUUCUUUUCUUCCAUUCCCAAGCUUUUGUCACUUAAAAAAUUCUAUUUUAUAUAUAUUGGAUUUAGAAUGAACUCAUUCACUCAGAAAAAUCUAGGCAUGGGAAGGUAGAGGCAUAACAGAUUGAUAAAAAUAACUGAGUGACAGUCCUUGGAACAGUACAGUGCCCAGGGAAAUAUGGUAAUUCCUCACUUAUCCAACCCACUAUGUGUCCACAAAUUCAACAUGCUUAUUUUCCUACCUUUCAGAUCAUUUACAAAGUCCUUGAUUGCCAACUGCCUUAGCAUCUCUUUACAAACUGCCCCUGGUUUAUUAGUAUCAAAAGCACAAUUUUGGAUGGGAGGAAAAGUAAAAGGAGGAGGAUAUUAUAUCUCCCCCAAAGGAAUACUAUAAGAAUAAUUAGUCAUAAAAUGGAAUUAUAGUCAUUUUUAAAGUAGCAUGAAGAAUAAAUGAAGUAGCAUGAUAUUCACAUGAUACUGGCUAUCAUUUUACAGUGAUUAGAUUUGAGACAAAAUUUUUUUUGUUGUCGUUAGAAAUGCCAGCGACACUUUAUAAAUGAGAUUCAGUACCCCCAAAAAUCACCUCCUAUACAACUUCUUUCUCUUAAUUAAACAGAAGCAAUGCCAUUGUCCUAGACUAUAAUCAUGUGCCUGAGUAGGGUCUGUAUUUACUAAAGCCUGAAUUGGCUCACAAGCAUUGACUGCUUUUUGAGUUGUUAAACUAGUUGUUGAUUUGUUAAACAUUGGCGAGUUCCUUCAUAUCCCCUUGACUGAAGUGUAUAUAUGAUAGUAUAUUUUUACAAAUAUUUUUGUGAAAACAUUUUCUUUGAAACUGUACAAUAAAAUUCAGUUGCCAUUAA